GUCUGUGGGAUGAACAACUUUGUAAACUGCAUACAGAAACACCCUGGGUUUUGAUCUUCUUCGUUGAACAAUGAGUCAUUACAGAAUGGUGCUGUCUCGCUCCUGGACCCUGGUUAAACACUUUGAGGGUGCUCCGAAACUUUCAAAUUUCAAGUUAAAGGAGGUGGAUUUACCAAAGAUUAAAAAUGGAGAGGUAUUACUGGAAGCAGAGUAUUUCAGUGUCGACCCUUACAUGAGACCCUACAGCAAGAUGAUGAUGAAAGAAGGGGAUGUCAUGAUUGGGACCCAGGUUGGCAGGGUUUUGGAAAGUAACAAUCCUGCUUUCCCAGUUGGCAGUUAUGCUGUUUCAAGUGCUGGCUGGACAACCCAUUCCAUUUCUCAAGGUAAAGAAUUGACACCACUACUUCCUAACUGGCCUGACCACAUCCCCAAAUCAUUGGCUCUUGGGACAAUUGGAAUGCCUGGUUUGACUGCCUAUUUUGGUCUACGAGAAGUUUGCUUUGCCAAAAAAGGAGAAAUUGUUCUUGUGAAUGGAGCUGCGGGAGCUGUUGGUUCUUUAGUAGGGCAGAUUGCAAAAAUAAUUGGCUGCAAAGUAGUUGGAUCUGCUGGCUCAGAUGAUAAGGUCGAAUUUUUAAAGGAAAUUGGUUUUGAUGAAGCCUUUAACUACAAGACUGUGAGCUCUUUAGAGGAAGCCUUGAAAAAGGCAUCUCCUGAAGGAUACGAUUGCUUUUUUGAAAAUGUUGGGGGAGAAUUUGCAGAUGUGGCUUUACUCCAGAUGAGAAAAUAUGGAAGAAUUGCUGUUUGUGGAGCUAUUUCCCAAUACAAUGAUUCUGUUACUAGAAAAGGGCCGUAUGUUCACCUCCCCUUAAUCUUCCAAGAGCUGCGCAUGGAAGGAUUCACAGUGCAGCGUUGGCUAAACAGAUACAAUGAAGGCCUGGAAAAGCUCCUGCAGUGGGUUGUAGAGGGAAAGUUGAAGUACCACGAGCACAUUACUAAAGGAUUUGACAACAUGCCAGCUGCAUUUAUUGGAAUGCUUAAAGGAGAUAACAUUGGAAAAGCCAUCAUAACAGCUAAAUAAAUAUCUCAGACAAUUAAAUGUUUUGCUAUGUGUCCUGAGUUGUUCAGAAAUAAAUAUUACAAGUUGUACAAAAUUUUUGUUGAAUAUUUCAAUCCUUCGCAUUUUAGUUAUGUCAGAGUAUGCCUGGGUUGAUUUUAGAAUUGUGCCAAAUUUCUAUGUAUUCCCUCCAUACCAUGCCAUUGUAGCACCCAGUUAAGGUAUGGCACCUUUUUAAUGUGUAAACAGUAGAAGUAGCUAUGAAACAAUAAAAUGGGAAUAAUUCCCCUUUACAUAAA